AUGUAUGCACCAUUACGAGGAAUUUACAAGAAUUUGACGAAUCUAAAAACUGAAUUUAAUCGUUCCCCUAUAUUGCUUUUGAUUCAACCACUACGACACGAAAUCAAUUCUCGAAGAAAUUUUACGUGUAAUAGUCGACAAUUUUCGUCUAUUUCAAAAAGUUCUAGUCGCUUAAGAUCAAAACUUCAAGAAUCAAAAUUAGAUUCCAAUUCUGGCUCAAAAAACGAUGGUGAUGGCAACGGUGGAAAUAGAAACAGUGGUAAUAAUAACUCAGGAGAUAAACCUGGUAGUGGAGGUAAAGGAGAUGGUUCAGGAAAGGGUGAUGGCGGUUCCGGUGAUAGUCCUCCCCCUCGAUCUCCAUUUGAAGGCAUCCAAAGAACAUUACAUGUAUUAGAAACCACUUUACAAAAACCUUCGAUACCGGAGGUUUAUCCGCAAGUAUUAGCUUUACCUAUUGCUAGGAGACCUCUAUUCCCCGGCUUUUACAAAGCAGUUGUUAUAAAGGAUCCACAUGUUACAGCUGCCGUAAAGGAAUUAAUGAAACGUGGACAACCUUAUGUAGGCGCAUUUUUGUUAAAAGACGAAGAAUUAGAUGUAGACACUAUUACAGAUAUUGCUCAAGUUUACAAAGUUGGCGUAUUUGCACAAAUUACUAGCGUCUUCCCAGCUAAUGGUGGUCAAGAUGAAAAUUCUUUGACAGCUGUUUUGUAUCCUCAUCGACGAAUCCGCAUCACGGAACUUUUGCCGCCUCUUCCAAGUGGAGUUCCCGAAGCUGAAGUUGUUGCCGAAUCCGUACAACAAAAUCCCGAGACAACCAGCACAAACAAAGAACUCGAACCACAGUAUGCAACUUCAUUUUUGGAAGAAUAUAAUGUUUCACUCGUCAACGUAGAAAAUCUCCAAGAUGAAUCAUAUAAUAGAAAGAACCAAGUUAUUCGGGCUAUAACUUCAGAAAUUGUUGCCGUUUUUAAAGAUAUUGCGACUUUAAAUCCUCUUUUCCGAGAUCAAAUCGCCAAUUUUUCAAUGUCCCAAUCUGCUGGUAAUGUAUUUGAAGAGCCUGCCAAACUUGCAGAUUUCGCGGCAGCAGUUUCCACGGGUGAACCAAAUGAAUUACAAGAAGUUCUUGAAAGUUUAGUAAUCGAGGAACGACUUCAAAAGGCUUUACUUGUUCUUAAGAAAGAAUUGGUAAAUGCUCAAUUACAAAGUAAAAUCAGCAAGGAAGUAGAAUCAAAGAUUGCAAAACGUCAAAGGGAAUAUUAUUUGAUGGAACAAUUGAAAGGAAUCAAAAAAGAAUUGGGUAUUGAAUCAGAUGGUAAAGAUAAGCUUGUGGAAAAAUUUAAGGAAAAAGCCGAUAAAUUAGCAAUGCCUGAUGGUGUAAAAAAAGUAUUCGAAGAGGAAAUCAAUAAACUUGCACAUCUAGAACCAGCAGCUUCUGAAUUCAAUGUUACGCGUAAUUAUCUUGAUUGGCUCACCCAAGUGCCAUGGGGUCAAAGAUCUCCGGAGAAUUAUAAUAUCAAACAUGCCAUUAAAGUACUUGACGAAGAUCACUAUGGAUUACAAGAUGUAAAAGAUCGGAUACUAGAAUUCAUUGCGGUUGGUAAACUAAGAGGAAUUGUAGAAGGAAAAAUUUUGUGUUUCGUUGGUCCGCCUGGUGUUGGGAAAACUUCCAUUGGAAAAUCAAUUGCACGAGCUCUGUCUCGACAAUUUUACCGAUUUAGUGUGGGCGGUUUAACCGAUGUUGCUGAAAUUAAAGGUCACCGUCGUACAUACGUCGGUGCUAUGCCUGGUAAGGUUGUUCAAGCGUUAAAGAAAGUUCAGACUGAAAAUCCUUUGGUUUUGAUAGAUGAAGUCGACAAAAUUGGUCGUGGUCACCAAGGAGAUCCUUCCUCGGCACUUUUAGAACUUCUUGAUCCCGAACAAAAUUCGUCGUUCUUAGAUCAUUACAUGGAUGUUCCUAUCGAUCUUUCAAAAGUCCUUUUCGUUUGCACUGCUAAUGUAGUAGAUACCAUACCUGGUCCUCUAUUGGAUCGUAUGGAAUUAAUACAAUUAUCCGGAUAUGUUGCUGAUGAAAAGGUUGCCAUUGCUACAAAAUAUUUAGCACCAACUGCAAAAGAAAUGGCUGGAUUGAAAGAUGCAGAUGUCUUACUUCAACAAAGUGCUAUAGAGACAUUAAUAAAAUCAUAUUGUCGAGAAAGUGGAGUACGUAAUUUAAAAAAGCAAAUUGACAAGAUUUAUCGAAAAGCUGCACUUAAAAUAGUGAAAGAUUUAGGUGAAGAAGAAGCGCGGAAUGAAGAGUCUGAUAAAGUAGAAACUAAAUCUGAAAAACCUGAAGGGGAUGAAGUAUCAACAACCACUGAACCACGAAAACCGUUAACAGUUCCUGAUGAUGUUCAUGUUAUCAUCGAUCCAGAAAAUCUGAAAGAUUACGUUGGCCCCCCAGUGUGGCAUUCGGACCGUUUAUACGAUAAAACCCCACCUGGCGUUGUUAUGGGUUUGGCUUGGACGAGUAUGGGUGGAUCUGCUCUCUACGUAGAAUCUACUCUAGAAUCAAUUUUAUCAAAUACCUCAGCACCUUCACUUUCCAAGACAGGUCAAAUGGGAGAUGUUAUGAAGGAGUCAACUACAAUUGCUUAUACAUUUUCCAAGAGUUUAAUGACGAGACGCUUCCCAGAAAAUAGAUUUUUCGAAAGAGCGGCAAUCCAUCUUCACGUACCAGAAGGAGCAACUCCAAAGGAUGGUCCAUCUGCUGGAAUCACCAUGGCUACAUCACUUCUUUCACUUGCAAUUUCCAAACCGUUAGAUCCAACCAUUGCCAUGACUGGAGAGCUUACAUUAACAGGUAAAAUUUUGAAAAUCGGGGGUCUUCGAGAGAAAGCUGUGGCAGCCAAAAGAUCCGGUGUUCACACUAUAAUAUUUCCGGAAGCCAAUACAAGUGAUUGGGAAGAAUUACCAGAUAAUGUUAAGGAGGGUCUCAUUGGUAUUCCAGUUGCCUGGUAUGAUGAUGUAUUUAAAGUGGUGUUUGGUGAUAUAUCUAAAGAGGAAGCAAAAAAUGCCUGGACUUCGAUGUUCGAAUCUUAUGUACCGACAGAUACAAAAGAAAAAGAAGUAAAUGUAAAUGCCAGUGUCACGUUAUAA